GCAGAGUUGUGAUGUGGAUAAGAUGGGGUAAAAUAGGAAUGGAUUUGCAAGUAUUUUCUUUUCAAAACCAAUGCUUUCCUGUUUAAAAUGAAGGGCUGUUCAAAGCCAUUAUUUUAAGAAUGAAAGGCUUUGGGUAUCAUCUUGCCGUUUGUCUUUGGUUCACGUGGCAAACUUCGUGCUUGACAGAAUUUGUGACACAAGAAUCAUUGUUGGAUUUACACGAAAGAGAUGUUGGAUUAGAACAUGAUCAUAAGAUUGUUCCAGAGGACAACCAAAAGCUACCGAUAAAUUAUAUACUUGCAUCCAACCAGCAAAAAGACGGCCUCGCAGAACAAUCGUCCAGCAGGUUAAACGACACAGAUAAUUCCAGCAAUGACACCCUCCACCCUACCACCGCUGUUGUCAAGGCAACCCCUAAGCCGACCCCUAAGCCCAUCCUGCCAGGUGCUGGGGUCAAGGCCCAGGAGGAGGAACAGUCCAGCGGGAUGACCAUAUUCUUCAGUCUACUCGUUAUUGGGAUCUGCAUCAUAUUGGUGCACCUGCUUAUUAAGUUCAAACUGCACUUCCUGCCGGAGAGCGUGGCGGUCGUGUCCUUGGGGAUUCUGAUGGGAGGCUUCAUUAAGAUCAUUGAGUUUCAAGAGCUGGCCAACUGGAAGGAAGAGGAGAUGUUUCGUCCCAAUAUGUUCUUUCUUUUGCUGCUGCCACCCAUCAUCUUCGAAUCAGGAUACUCUCUACACAAGGGUAACUUCUUCCAAAACAUUGGUUCCAUCACGCUGUUUGCCGUCAUAGGGACGGCCAUCUCUGCCUUCAUCGUGGGAGGAGGGAUCUAUUUUCUUGGACAAGCUGAUGUAAUCUACAAGAUGAGUAUGACUGACAGCUUUGCGUUCGGUUCCCUCAUCUCGGCCGUGGACCCUGUAGCAACCAUCGCCAUCUUCAACGCCCUGAACGUGGACCCGGUCCUGAACAUGCUGGUGUUCGGAGAGAGCAUCCUCAACGACGCGGUCUCCAUCGUGCUCACUAAUACAGCGGAAGGAUUUGCCCGUGAUGACAACUCCAUGGUAACUGGCUGGGAGACGUUCCUCCAGGCACUGGGAUACUUUCUUAAGAUGUUCUUCGGCUCGGCUGCCCUUGGAACCCUCACCGGGCUCAUCUCUGCCAUUUGCCUGAAACACUUUGACCUGAGGAAGACCCCGUCUUUAGAGUUCGGCAUGAUGAUAAUCUUUGCCUACCUUCCCUAUGGCCUGGCAGAGGGCAUCAAACUGUCCGGGAUCAUGGCCAUCCUGUUUUCGGGGAUCGUGAUGUCACACUACACCCAUCACAACCUUUCACCUGUCACCCAGAUCCUGAUGCAGCAGACACUCCGCACGGUGGCCUUCAUGUGUGAAACGUGUGUGUUUGCCUUCCUGGGUCUCUCGAUCUUCAGCUUCCCUCACAAGUUUGAGCUGUCCUUUGUUAUCUGGUGUAUAGUGCUGGUGUUAGUAGGUCGUGCUGUGAACAUCUUUCCUCUCUCCUUCCUGCUCAACUUCUUCAGAGACCAUAAGAUCACGCCUAAGAUGAUGUUCAUCAUGUGGUUCAGUGGGCUGAGAGGUGCCAUCCCCUAUGCCCUGAGCCUUCAUCUUGGGCUGGAGCCCAUCGAAAAGCGCCAGUUAAUUGGCACCACCACCAUCAUCAUCGUCCUCUUCACCAUCCUCCUCCUCGGCAGCGGGACCAUGCCUCUCAUCCGCAUCAUGGACAACGAGGAGAGCCAGUCCCGACGCAAGAGCAAGAAGGACAUCAACCUCAGCAAGACUGAGAAAAUGGGUAAUGCCUUAGAGUCGGAGCACCUUUCUGAGCUGACAGAAGAGGAGUAUGAGGCUCAGAUCUUUCAGAGACAGGACCUUAAGGGUUUCUUGUGGCUCGAUGCCAAAUACCUCAACCCCUUUUUCACACGACGACUCACGCAGGAGGACCUGAUGCACGGCCGGAUCCAGAUGAAAACUCUGACUAAUAAGUGGUACGAGGAGGUCCGGCAGGGCCCGUCUGGUUCUGAGGAUGAGGACGAAGCUGAGCUACUCUGAAACCCCCCAACCCCCGACACAUACACACACCUAAAAGUGCCAACAAACGGGAGGUAGUUGAACAGUGUGUGUGCCCUGAUUGUGAAUGCAAGGACAGGAAGGUACGGUUGAACGUACAUAGUGUUUAUCGUGACCUCUAAGGACGUUCCCUCUCUGUAGGACGUAGCACUCUGCUGCAACUCUCCAUCCCCGUCAUUUCCUUUUUACCUGAGCCAAUCCAAAAUGCAUAGUCUGUGAUGUGUUGACCAAUUCGGGUGAAACCAGAGCAGGCAGUCCCCCAUGCAAUUAUACCCAACUAACUACUGUAAUUGAUUUAGAAGGCUUUUCCGAGAGUCAGUGCGUUACCACCCAGAGGAACGCAGUAAAUGCAUGUAGGUGCAGGGAACAUGGAUUAAAUCAGGGUUCAAUAAAGCGGCCCACUUCAGACGGGUGAUUUCCCGUGGUUAUCUAACAUGGCACCAAAAAACCCUGAAAACCAUGUGACUGCAUGUGAGAUGAUGAGGAGGGCCAUGAGGUGUGUGAAAAGGUUGAAGGGAAUCUGAUUGGAAUUCCUGUAGCAAGUCAAAACAUCUUUAGUAAAGCAAUAUUAGUGCACCCUUUUUACUACAUGUAGCUUUUUAACAUCUACAUGUUCCUGUUACUUAUUGUUCUGGUAACACUGUGUAAACAGCUUUUAAGCAUUAUCUCAUGCAUGAAAUGAAGUUGAAACUUUUUAUAGCUGCACUAAUUAUUUGAUUCACUUUAAAAUGAUUUGUAAAAGGUCAACCAAUCAUAUGCGAAUAGUUUCUAAUCAGCUUUUCAUAAUAAGUUAAGAGAAUAAAUGUCAAUCAUUUUAAGAUAGGGUCUAGCCACUAAUGAAUGUCUGGGUGAUGGAGGACUUGUGAAGGUUAUAUUUAUUUGUCUUAUGUUUAUUGGUUGAUCUAACUGUAUUUGUCACCAGGACAUACGUUUAUGUAUAUACUGCUGUUCCGGUGGGCUGAGUAACAAACCGGGUGAUGAGGGAAUGUGGUCUUUUAGAUUUUUACUUCUAUUUGAAAGUUACUGUGUGUGUGCAGUAAUAGAGCCUUGUUGUUUGUGAUUUAAUUAUAGUAGGGUUUAGUGAUUCCUCAACGCUCUAACCCUUAAUAUGAAGACUUCAACAUGAAAUGCCUAGCCAUAGGGGUCACAGUUGGAUUUGAACGAAGACUGUACUAAUGUGGAUUGCCGGUUGAUUCAAAGAUGUUUCAUGUACUAAGGUACUUUGAUUUCACUUGCCUUACAGUCUCUCUGAUCCAUCUAAGAGCUGCAUUACUUUCCUCCUGUACCCCAAGUCAAAAAAAGCCGACCCGUGAUAUGAACACUAGACCUUCAUCUGUGGUUGGUGUACUUGUCUUCGGUAAUAAACAUGGAUGGCAGAACUUUU